AGUCAGUCAGCUGUCUUCUUUUGUCCUGUUCAAAGUUGGUCUGUAGUCACCAAAGUCGCAAGUUGAACAGAACAAAACGAAAAGUGAAAUUUAAGGAUUUUAUACUUUUUGCUUUUAAAACAAUCAAAGAUCUCGAGUGUAAACGUAUCCUGUAGGAUUUUAACAAAAUAUUAUCCCAAAGUUGAAGACACAAACCUUGUUUGAGUGACAUUCGCCAGCUUCGAUAUACAGAAUUAAAAACGGUGUGAUAAGUCUAUAAGACAAUAUAAUCAAAAUGAAUAGCAUUGUUAAAGUGUUUAGUAAUUUUCGCGAAUUCUAUAGCGAAAUUAAUGGUGCGACGCUCACAGGGGCCAUUGAUGUAAUCAUAGUAGAACAACCAGAUGGAUCGUUCGUAUGUUCUCCGUUUCAUGUGCGUUUCGGCAAGCUUGGAGUGCUACGAAGUCGCGAGAAAAUUGUCGAUAUUGAAAUCAAUGGUGAUCCAGUCGAUAUACACAUGAAGCUGGGUGAAUCUGGCGAGGCUUUUUUUGUCGAGGAGUGUCUUGAAGAGGAUGGUGAAGUGCCCGCGCAUAUGGCCACCUCGCCAAUACCCACUAGUUCGUUUGAUGCAAAUUACGAAAAUUCUAUCGUGACAGUUUCUCAGAAUAUAGAAGACGAAAAUUUGCCAAGGCCAAGGCGCAAUUCAAUUGAUCUAUCGAAAGAAAAUACCGAAUCCGAAAAAUCCAAAUUUGAAAACCAGAAAUCCGAUUACAGCCAUAGAAGGCACACUGACAACACUACCGGAAGACCCGAUUUAACGCUUACCAAGAAAGAAUACACUACACAAAAGAUUCGCCAAGAGUGGGCCGAAGCAGAACAGGAACAAAUUUUCCAAAUGGAUGGAAUUGAAAGCUCCAGCGCUGAUUGGCAAAAUAGCACAUUACUUUCUACUAAUAAUGAAGAGGAUAAACACUUUAAACCUAUCGAAGUAGUUCCUACCUCAACGGAAUUAAAAUCAACUAAUGCGGAACCAGUUAACCAAGAAGAUCAACAAGUACAGUCCUUAGAAGAUAAGACUAAUGUCGAUUGCAAAUCGAAAAAGAAACGCAGGAAGAAGUCUGUCAUGAAGAAGAAAAACUCCCAGCGUAAAAAUUCUUCCAGCAGCUCUGGCGGAUCAAACCAUUCUGAUCAGAACGAUGGAAUUGAAACCGACAGUUUAACUGUGUCCCAACCUACUGCCUCAUCAGCAAGCGAGUCUCCCAAGGAGAGCCUAACCAACAAUUCAGCAACGGUUACCGCCGUACUAACGGAGAGUGCCCCGAAGGAAACGCCGGAGUCAUCAAACCGAGGUCAUGAAUUAGAUAUUCAUUUCUUUAGUGAUACCGAAAUUACUUCCGGAGCUAGUCCACGCCAAUCACGCCCAUCAACCCCAAUACAAAGUGAUACGGAGUUUGAAAUUUCACAACGUGAGAAGUCCGAAGGCGACAAUAUGUCUGCUUCGUGGAAGUGGGGAGAGCUUCCAACAAAACCUGAGGAUACUGAAGAUUUGACCACCACUCAGGGCAAACAAGCUCAACGGAAUUCAAUGCUCAGUGGUUUGAUGAGCUUCAUGAAAUAUAAUAAGAAAAUGCGAAAAAAUGUUCCUGAUGGUUUGUAUCUUUCGGAUCUUGACGAAUCUUUGGAUCCAGAGGUGGCUGCUCUUUAUUUCCCUCCCGCUUCAUCUAAAGCACAGCAUGUGCAAACUGAAGAGGACAGGGAGAGUGGCAAUGGAACAUCUCUACCACAUAGUCCUACAUCAUUGGAAGGUAUCAAGAGUUUGGAUUCCGAUUUUGACGACAACAAGGACAAGCUUUCUUUAGAUUUCAUCGCCCUUUCGCUUUGUGGUGGAUUGGAUAAUGGUACACCUACGUAUGAAGAAUUUGAGAAACACCGCCUUCAGUACUCAGAUGUGUGCAACAAUCCGACGAUAUUCGCUUCAUCUGAUCUUGUAGUGCGUAUUAAUGAUAAAUAUUGCUCUUGGCAAGUCGCCUGUCCUCAGGUCAUGACAAUGUUAGCAUUCCAAAAAACACUUCCAAACGAACUCUCGGAAACUCCUACUAAGCCAAAAUCAUUAGAUGUGGCGGCAGCUGGUUCCCUAGAGGCUGAUGCGCAGACUAAUAAGAAACAAAUUUCGCAAACAUCAGAGGUCAAUCAGGGAGGUCGUUGGUGGUAUUGGCGUAGAUCAAACGAUAAAUCCACUAUGAAAACGGACAAUGAGCCUGAACAGCCGUCAAAAACAUCCGUCAUAGCGACUCAAACUUCUCGAUCCAAUACCCCAGAAGAUGUAGGAACAAUGACGGAAAGUCUCAGCAAAGCAAAAGAGGACGGAUACAAUGGUUCCUUAAGUUCGGAAGAUUCUGAGCUUCCUGCGGAUCAACCUGUGCAGCAAGAGCUUAUACUGAACAAAUCAGAGAGUUUUGUUGAAAAGUUCCGAAAAACGCUUCGUCUAUCGUCAGAACAAAUAGAAAGUCUCAAUCUAAACGAAGGCAUGAAUGAAAUUGUAUUUAGUGUUACUACUGCCUACCAAGGAACUACACGUUGCAAAUGCUACUUGUUCAAGUGGAGAUACAACGAUAAAGUAGUGAUCUCCGAUAUCGACGGAACUAUUACAAAAUCUGACGUUCUUGGCCACAUUCUACCGAUGGUUGGCAAAACUUGGGAACAAAUAGGGGUAGCACAGCUGUUCUCGAAAAUCGAAGAAAACGGUUACAAGAUGCUGUAUCUUUCAGCGCGUGCCAUUGGUCAAUCGAAGACAACCAGAGAUUAUUUGCAGUCGAUACGACAGGGCGAUGUAAAGCUGCCGGAUGGUCCAUUACUACUUAACCCUACCUCGUUGAUGUCAGCGUUUCACCGAGAAGUAAUCGAAAAGAAACCGGAACAGUUUAAAAUAGCUUGCCUGAGUGACAUCCAGGCACUAUUUCCGGACAAAAAUCCAUUCUACGCAGGUUACGGAAACAGGAUAAACGAUGUGUGGGCUUAUCGUGCAGUUGGGAUACCCAUCUCCCGCAUUUUCACAAUUAACACGAAGGGCGAACUAAAACAUGAGUUGACACAAACAUUCCAGUCUACUUACGCAAACAUGGCAUACAUUGUGGAUCAACUAUUUCCCCCCAUAAAGCAUAUCGAGGAAGAAGAUAGCGAGUACACAAGUUUCAACUACUGGCGAGAUCCAGUGCCGGACAUAGAGCUGAACCUUGAUAUGUCCAGCGGUUCUCAGAGUGGAAGCGGUAGUUCGACGCCGGUUUCACUGCUAUCGGGAAAAGUGACUCCCACUGCUACUUUGGUACAGCAGGCCCUACCGACUAUACCGGAAAAUUAAAGCUUGUUUUAUUUUGUUUUCCAAAAAUAACAAUAUUUUCUAUCGCGUAUCAGUAUCGUAUCAGAAACAAUGUGGGUAAGAAUAAAUGUUGUCACAGAAUAACUUUUAGCUUUUUACGCAGAUAGAAGCUUAAAUCAUCAUAACCGAAUCAUGGAUAAACCCCUAAACAGCUUUGAAAACCUCACCGAUGUAUCCUUUAAUAGCUUAAUCCGUGGCUUUUGAAUUAGGUUAAAUAAUAUUUCUUUUGUUUGUCCACCUUUGAUAGGUAGGAACUUGUAUCGAAAUCAACUAAAUAGAUACACAGAUAGGAUCGCUUUCUCAUAGAAAUCAGCUUAUAGAUAGGAUAAGUGCUCAAAAUUGGGAGUGCUAAUCUAUUUUUAGAGAGACCGAUAAUUAUUUGUAAAAGGAGUUAAGCCGUAGAUUACCAAAGUUUUGGGGUACGACACCCUUUCUCAUGGAGGGGGACGCUAUUUUCUAGCUUUGGAAAACUAUGAGUUGAACAGCGAGGACAGCGAGUCUGUCCUGAAUAGAACUAAUGACAUGUGAUAAUAAUUUCUAUUUAUGUUUUUUUCUUUUUCAUAUAUUUUAGCUAUUAGUUUUCAAAUAAAAAAACAAAUCAUAUUAUAAAAGACAUGGAACUAUAGCGACAAUGGUUUUUGACACCUCAUUCUCAACUUGGUUGCAUAACGCAAUAAACGCUUGCCACGCAACGCUGCUCGACCGAUAAGACGUGACGUUAUAGUGACGUUAUACGUACAACUGUCCCAUUUUGCUUUGCUACGACUGCGCUGGUGGUGGUCGUGCAUUUGCCCAUCAGACAUAAAGGCUACCGUUUACUACAGCCCAUCAAGAAUACAUAGAAUACCUAAUCAAUUGUUCGACUAUAUUGGUGCCACAAGCGGUCAUCAGCGCAUCGUAGAAAAAUAACCUGCGACAAUAAUACGUAGAAUAGAAUCGAUUCUCGACACGUACUAAAUCGGUAAGACACUAUGGGAUUAGAUUCUCCAGCACAGUGUUGUCUACAUAGAACCAUGACAUGACAAAAGUGGAUAAGCUCGACAUUUUGAAAAAGUAUUUCAUUGAAUACAUUAAAUAAACGCUAAAGAAUUGUGCUUGAA